UUACCCUAAGCUAUCUACGACUUAAUAGAGAGCUGAAAAGUGAAUGGGCGGAUUUCGAACUACCGCUCCGAUCUAGGUACCUGCCUCCAUUUUUCUUCUUUCCCAAGAACUUCCCUGCCCACUGCAGAUAUCCAGACACCAGCGAUCGUGGCUCCUUAUCUCCCCCCACCGCCCCUCACCUCUAAAGCCGCGACAAAGCGAACAUCUGGACUCUCCCUUGUGUCGGAGGCGACCGUCGACAAGGGGACCAAGCCCGAGGACGCAAAGAGUGUCACUUGACGCGGGCUCGAUUACCUAUAAGUUGAGCAGGUAUCUUCUUGCUUCCUUCAUCAAAUGGCUUCCCGGAGAGUUGGCAGCUUGUUGAUCAACGCUGGUAUAAGUCGAGCUCAGUCCAAUAUCAGACCGAGACUACUGUCACCCUCAACACUAUCACGCAAGACCGGAUCGCAAAUCAAGAUGUCUACCAUUGCUGCGUUUAAGGUGCCCAAGAUUCUCAAUGAGCCGAAUCACCACUAUGCCAAGGGCUCAGCCCAACGGGAGGGUCUGACGGCCGCAAUUGAAGCAUUGCAGAGGAAGGGUCCAUUGGAGGUCCCCCUUGUAAUCGCAGGCAAGGAGGUCAAGACCUCGUCAACUGGAACCCAAGUCAACCCGGCCGAUCACAAUACCACCAUUGCACGGUACUCGCGAGCAAGCCCAGAGGACGUGAAGAAAGCCAUUGAAGCCGCCCUGGACGCCAAGGCAGAAUGGGAAUCUCUCCCCUUUGCAGAUCGGGCCGCCGUCUUCCUCAAGGCGGCCGAUCUGAUCAGCACCAAAUACCGGUACGACUUGAUGGCGGCCACGAUGCUGGGCCAAGGCAAGAAUGCAUGGCAGGCGGAGAUUGACGCCGCUGCCGAGCUGUGCGACUUCCUGCGCUUCAACGUCCAGUAUGCCGAGGAGCUAUACGCCCAGCAGCCCGCCCAUAACUCGACAGGAGUGUGGAACCGCGCCGAGUACCGGCCGCUCGACGGCUUUGUCUACGCAGUUAGCCCAUUCAACUUCACAGCAAUCGCGGGAAACCUGCCGGGCGCGCCGGCGCUGCUGGGGAACGUGGUUGUUUGGAAGCCGAGCGACUACGCCAUUGCGAGCAAUUGGCUGCUGUAUAACAUCCUGAUCGAGGCCGGCCUGCCAAAGAACGUCAUCCAGUUCGUUCCCGGCGACCCGCAAGAGGUCACCGAUGCCGUGCUGUCUCACAAACAAUUCGCCGCGCUGCACUACACCGGCAGCACGGCGGUAUUCCGGAAGCUGUACGGCCAGAUCGGCGCGGGCGUUGCCGAAGGCCGGUAUGCCGGAUACCCGCGGAUCGUCGGCGAGACGGGCGGCAAGAACUUCCACCUAAUCCACUCAUCGGCCGACGUCGAGAACGCCGCGGUGCAAACUGUCCGUGGUGCCUUCGAGUUCCAAGGGCAGAAAUGCAGUGCCACGUCGCGAGUCUAUGUCCCGGCAUCAAUCUGGCCGAAGUUCAAGGAUCAUCUUGUCCAGGAGACUAAAGCCCUGGCCGUCGGUAGUCCCACAGACCACAAGAACUUCGUUGGCCCCGUCAUCCACGAGGCUUCCUUCAAGAAGCUCUCAGGUGUCAUCGACGACGCGAAGAACGACGCCGAACUUGAGCUCCUCGCCGGCGGCACCUACGACAGCUCCAAGGGAUACUUCAUCCACCCGACCGUCUACCAGGCCAAGAACCCCAGCCACAAGCUCCUCUCGACAGAGCUGUUCGGCCCAGUACUCACCGUGUACGUCUACGAUGACACCGAAGACCCCGUAGGCGCGUUUGCGGCCGCGUGCGAGCUCGUCGACUCGACAUCCGAGUACGGACUGACGGGGUCCAUAUUCGCGUCCGACCGGGCGGCCGUGCGCUUCGCGGAGGACAAGCUCCGCAACUCGGCCGGCAACUUCUAUAUCAACUGCAAGAGCACCGGGGCGGUGGUCGGUCAGCAGCCGUUCGGCGGCAGCCGGGCCAGCGGGACCAACGACAAGGCGGGGAGUAUCAACCUGCUGGGGCGGUUCGUGAGCGUGAGGAGCAUCAAGGAGGAGUUCACCACCACCACCAAGGUGGCGUAUCCUAGCAACGAGGUUUAGAUGGGAUCGCGCAUCUGAUGUGGGCGGGAGACGGGAAGAAGAAGCCGCUUCCGGUAUGGAAUACGGAUAAUGAUAAGACGAAUCAAGGGCGGAAAGGCCACUACUCCCCAGUGGCGUUACACAAUUCGAUGCAUGUACUCUCUCUUGAGGC